AUGGGGAUUGCUGAUGAUUCCGGCAACACCACCACCACAGCAGUAGCACCGACUGGACCUGUGAAUAGUGGGAACUUCUUUCUAGAUCAUAAUCACUCACUCUACUUACAUCCAUCUGAUGGACCAGGUUCGUUGUCGAUUGGUUUGUUAUUAACUGGAAUAGAGAAUUAUACGUUGUGGAGUCGAGCUAUGAAAGUAGCUCUUCUAGGAAAGAAUAAACUCUGUUUGGUAGAUGGUACUACCUCGAAAAGUGAUUUUGGACCGGGAUUAGCUCAUCAGUGGGAUCGCUGUAAUGUCAUUGUUACUUCGUGGUUGAUGAGCAACGUUAAUUCACACCUCCUUACUGGUGUUCUAUUCUCAGAGAAUGCUUAA